UUGCGUAACUAACGUUCACAGCGUAUCUUUGCCCGGCGCCGAGAGCACCUUAGAGAAGAAACAGUUUGUGAGUGUUUAGUGCUUUUUCUCAAGAUUAUCUCCAUGAACAACCUGAAUGAUCCUCCUGGAUGGAAUAUAAGGCCAGUGCCACGUGAGGGUUCUGAUGGAGGGAAAUGGAACUACGCUCUGUUAGUCCCCAUGCUUGGCCUUGCGGCUUUUCGUUGGAUCUGGACACGUGAGUCGCAGAGGCAGAUCCAAGAAGUUAAAAACCAGUUUGAGGGGCAAGUGGCUGCCAUCACCAAAGACCUGGAGCUCAAGUAUAAAGAUACGCUGACGGAGAACCGACGCACAACUGCCCUCCUGGAGCUAGAGCUAGAGAAAGCGCGUCAGCGGGUGGAGGGCUACAAGAAGGCCAUGGCCUCUCACAGCCAACAUCUCAUGGAGGAGCGUAAGCAGCUGCAGAAGGAACGUGAAGAGCUAGAGGACGAGAAGAAGCGUGCCCUGCAGACUGGAACAGCUGGACUGGCGCUUCAUGCAGCUCUGCAACAGGAGCAGGAAUGGCAGCAGGGAGCCCACGUUUUGCUACAGGACCUGGAGCACCAGUUGGUGGAGAGGCAGAGUGCCUUCUGCAGCCCGCUGCUGCCCAAGGAACACAGGAUGGAGAUCGAGAAAAAUCUGCUGGUCAGAGUGGCCAGGGACCCAGCGGGGGUGGAAUUGGGCCUGGAGAAUGACAUCAAGGACAUUUUUAAAAAUGAUAGGCACUGCGCACAGAUGUUGAAUAUGGACAAGAGGAAAAAUGGGCAGCUGAUGUGGCUGUAUCUUAAAUACUGGAGGCUGCAGGUUACACUGCAGAAACACAAGAGAGCAGAGGGCAGGUUGAAAGGGUCACUGUCUGAUGUCAAGUCAUCUUAGAAGGACAUUUAGAAAAUUAUAAUGCUUGUUUUGAACCCCCAGAUCUGCCGAUAGUGUGGGGAAGUUCUCAUGGUUUGCACUCCUGCAUAUAGAUGUAUGUAGACUGACAAAGUAAAAGAAACAAUGGUGGCACCAUGUUGCUGGUAUCCACUUGUCCCCUUAUAGUGAAGCAUCUCUUCAAAUCAAUCCAAAGUUCUGCUAACUCAUCACCUUUAUCCUGUGAUGAAACCUUUAUCCACGACGACCCCAUCUCCAUCUACAGAGCACGAGGACUCGCUGAAAGGUUGAUAAAAAGCAAAAUGAUAUAAAUCAUAUGCUAUGGCCAUUUCAAGCCACUCAGACACCUUAGGGAGCUCUUGGACUGGCACAUACCUCUGUCACACUGCGCUCUAUUCCACCAUCACCACACCAUCAUCAAAACACUAUCUGAGGGAAAACCUUUUGGAAGAACAGUCAUCAUCAUUCUGGUACAUUUCCAGAGACUUGUAGAAUCUAUAAUAUGGUGCAUCGAGGGUGUUUUGGUGACUUAUCAUGACCCAACACCUUACUGAGGCCCACUUUACACGGGGACGGUCUGAAACAAAAACGCAAAAGUCCGUUUUCGUUCUCACUUUUUUCCGCGUCUACACGACCGUUUUCAAGGAGGAAAUCUGCGUCUAUACGGUGACGCAUAAAUGUGUGGAAUUCAAUUGGAUGUUGUAAUAGAGUGUGCCGAGCGGAUGGAGUAGUCAGUCAGAAUGAUGAGCAAAACAAGGAAAAUUCUUGUACAAAAAUAGUUUUCUUUUUAUUAAGCCGGCAGUUAACACAAACAGGACAAACAAACAAACAAAAAAAACCACUGAUGACAAAACCAAACAAAAAAAAAUUCUGGGACAAAAUGCCCACGCAAGCUAGCCUACUCUGGCAUUACUCACACAGAGCUCAAGUCAUGCGUCCUCUCCCUGCCGAGGCCGUCUCCCGAAUGAACAGUGCAGUGCAUAUUUAAAAGACUACGUCACAGUCUUAACACAAUUAAAAUCAAUCAACACAUCUAGACAGAUUUUAACAGUUCUAAACAUUUUCACUGCAUGCAUUACACUCCUACAACAAUGUGCAGACCUUAAAUAUUACAACAAACGCUUACGUCAGAUUUUUAGACCAUUUCUCUCCGCUCUAAUGAGCUGCUUUCCCGCGCAUCGCGGAAGAAACCUUGAAAAGCGCUUUCAGACCUGCAUUCUGGUUUGGUCCCGCACCCGGAAGACUACGGCCCUGUCCACACGGCAACGGAUUCAGGUGACUCCGAUACAAUUGCUUAUCGUUUAGGCCUGGCGUCCACACGGCACCGGCGUUUUGGGUGCCCAAAAUGCAAUCUUUUUGAGAACGGGUUCCAGAGUGGAAAGAUCUGGCAACGUUGCCGUUGUGAAGUCGUCUGGAUGAGUAGAACGGAUUUGUUUACGAUGACGUCACAACCACAUGACUGUGAGUGCUUCACGCUGGGUAGAAGUGUAACGAAUAUCACCAGGAAAAAGCCUUACAGAGCACUAGUGAGAGUGAAACACGAGCUUGGAUAUUAUUAUUAUUAUUAUUAUUAUUAUUAUGUUCAGUGUUUAGUUCACAGUAGUAAUGCAAGAAGCAGAAUAGUGACAGUAAUAGUGAAGCAAAAACAUGCAAUUGUACAAACACUGCAGCUCUACAGCAAAAUAUUCAUUUAUGAAAUGGUCUGAUUCUUAACACCAGUAGUGCCAAUGAUCUUCUCAUUGCGAUGCGAUGCGAGUUGUCAACAAAUCCUAUAACUUGGUUCAUGAAACGCACUUACAAAAUAUUUUCACUGUGAAUAUUUAUUGUGUAAUGGUGCAAAGUGAGAGAGAGAGAGAGAGAGAGAGAGAGACUCUGCCCUUAGGGCAGAGUCAAUCCCGCCAGCAAAAAUAGGGAAAAAAAGGAGCGAUCUCACCUCUUCAGAUGUUGGUUUAAGUCCGACAAUACAUUCCUCAAAAAGGGCGUAGAGGAGCAAAUUAAUCCAUCAACGUGUAGCAUUCAAUUUAUUCCGGACCAUUAAAGACGCCGCCUUCCGCGUAGAAUCAUACGUCAUCCUCGCCGCCAUAUUGGAUAGGUCAAAGCGGAGAAUAAAGAUUCAUGCGCUGCCUUUAACUGUACCAACAGGUUUACCAUCCAAACGAGCUCACAUGGGAUUACCUUUCACAGGUGAGAAACAACAAAUUAAUCUAUCAACGUGUAGUAUUCAAUUUAUUCCGGACCAUUAAAGACGCCGCCUUCCGCGUAGAAUCAUACGUCAUCCUCACCGCCAUAUUGGAUAGGUCAAAGCGGAGAAUAAAGAUUAGCUGCGUUUAACUGUACCAACAGGUUUGCCGUCCGAACGAGAUCACAUGGGAUUACCUUUCACAGGUGAGACUGGAAAAAUACUUUUCAUUGUAUUUGGUCAUUAUAAUGUAAUUUUACGAACAGAUUUUUCUGACUUUGUGGCUAAUAUGAAGUCUCGCGCAUAAUAGUUUAUGUGCAUGCGUCCUUACUACUUCUAUUGUUCUGGUGUCUCCGAAGGGACCGUCUUACAGCGCCCCUAGAGGUGUGGCAUGUGUAUUGCAUUGUUUUCAGCAAGCGUUGCGUUGCCAUAUGGACCUGAUAUUUUACUGAUCAUUGCCCAUUUGGACGCGAUAUAUUUUUAAAUAACAUCUCGUUGCCGUUGUCGUGUGGAUGUAGCCUACAACAGGUAAAUGGCUACAAACAUUUCUGGCUGAUGUUAGAUAAACUCUAGCAGAAAUGGAUUCAGAUGUUAAACGUGCGCACUUAAUGAAUCUUUACACGCUAUUGUUUAUAGUGAAAACUAAUAAAUGCUUGCGCUGUUUAAA